AUGGACGUAAAUUUUAGAUCUAGAACAACACCUAGAGUGGAGAAGGAACCAGAGCUAACCAAAUGGUGGUCUCUGAAGGGUGAAAAGAUGGAGGAAUUCUGUGACGAGCUUAAGGAUCUCAAUAUUCCAGAUGAUGACACUGACGUUAACACGAUCUGGUUGCAACUACAGGCAAAGAUUCUUGCAGCAGCCAAUAAAGUUCUUGGGCGAACGAAAGGUGGGAAGCGGAUACCAAGAGAAACGUGGUGGUGGACGGAACCAGUGCAAGAAGCGCUCAGAGUAAAGAAAGAAGCGUUUAAGACUUGGCAGUCUACUAAGACUGAUGCUGAUAGAGAGUACUAUAAGGAAAGAAGAGACGAAGCCAAAAAAGUGGUCGCUGUUGAAAGAUCCAAAGCUAACAAGGAACUUUACGACUCCUUUGAGACAAAAAAUGGCCAAAAGCUUAUCUUUAAACUUGCAAAGAUGCGAAACCUGGCUACCAAAGAUAUAGCAAAAUCCAAAAUAGUGAAGAACCAAGAUGUAGCACUACUAUACCAUGACAGUGAUAUCUUAGAAACAUGGUACCAAUAUUAUAACCAACUGCUUAAAUAUACAAGUGGUAUGGCGGGCCGUUUAGCUGGAACCUCGGAACUUGAUGAUAACGUUUGGCUUGACGAUUCUAUAAUAUUAUAA